AUGCAACUUGUCGAAGCGAAUCUAAUCGAUCUCGAUACUGAUAUAAAUGAUUAUCUAUUAUCUACUGAUCCACGAAUAUUCCAUCCACUCUAUCCUUCUCAUGCAAUUACUUUACGUCAAUUACUUUCACAUUCAGCAUCCAUUGAUACAAAUGGUGAAAUGCCAUUCGCUUCAAUAGAACCUGACGAUGCCGCAUUACGAGAGACAUCCUUAGCUGACAGAUGUUUUACAUAUUUAAAUCCCAAUGCAUCAAAUUGGCUACCACAAGUGCCAGGCAGUGUAACACUCUAUUCAAAUAUUGGCGCAUCUCUUGCUGCAUUGAUUGUCGAACGCAUAACGAAAACGCCAUACGAACGUUAUGUCAGAGAAAAAAUUUUAAAUCCGCUUGGUAUCAAAGUUGGUGAAGCAAGUUUUCGGCUUUCAGAUAUUCAUAAUAAAGAAACGUUGGUUGAACAUUAUGCAUUCAAUGCAUCCUACUUGAAAGAAUGGAGGCGACAAUUACCACAAUUAGAUGUUACGCAAAGUAAUAUUGCUAAUUGGCUUCACAUUCCAUUCUUUAGCAUACCAGACUAUGCUUCUGGUCUUAUGCGAAUGUCAGCUGUUUCUUUAUCUUUAUUUCUACGCAUGUUUAUGAGCAAUGGGUCUUCUAUAUUGCAUCCUCAUUCCAUUGUUGAAAUACGAACACCGGUUGACGGUGUUGUUCCUUACCAAAAUCUUCACUCACCCAAUAAUCAAUCGCCACUCCCACCACCAAAAUAUGGUCUCAUUUGGAACUGGCAAACAAUGUCUGAUGGCCGUCGUUUCAUUGGUCACAACGGUGUAAUGCCAGGUGCCACGAACUUAAUGGUGAUCAAUGAGCAGGGUACUAUUGAUGCUAAAAUUUGUUUGGAUGAACGUGAAAUAGUUUGUCCUUCACCAGCAUUACGUUAUAGUGAAGCGGAACGUCGAAAGUUAUGUUCAGAACCAGAGCCAAUGGUAUUUGGUUCGCCUAUUCAAUAUCAUAUACGUAAAAUGGACUAUUUUAAUAGGUACUCUUGA